GAGUCAGCUGUUUGCUCUGUGGUUCGUCGCAUGACCACUUGAGAUUUAAUCUAUUAUGGCGGCAAAUAAAAGUGUCAUCGUUCUUACACCCGACGGUCGUCGACAGAAUGUUCAAGUUACUCCAAAUACAACUAUUUUACAAGUGUUGGAAGAAGUUUGCCAAAAGCAUGGAUAUAAUGCAAACGAUUAUGAUAUUAAGCACUUCAAUAAGAUAUUAGAUGUAAAUUCCAUAUUACGUUUUACUGGUUUAUCUAAUAAUGCACGGGUGGAAAUGGUACCUUGUAAAAAGCCACGUAACACAUCCAAAGUUACAGUGGGUAUACUGUUAGAGAAUGGUGAACGAUUAAUGAAUGAUUUUUUACCAGAUGUCACUUUGGCACAAGUUUUAACGACCAUAUGUCCUAAUGAAGAUCGCAAAACUGCAGUAAUAAUAUAUAUGCACCGUGAGGUACAUGGUCAAGCUUUAGAAGAAAUGACUUUGAAGUCGUUAGGUCUUACUAGUGGUAAAGCUAUGUUACGAAUGAUACAUCGUGAUUUGGUACAAUUAAAAACACAGGCACAUGUAUCUACAACUUUAAUACCAAAGUCUACGAAACCCAUAGAUGAUGAUUGCACCAAGUAUAAUAAACAACAAAGGAUUCCUUCCGUAUCUUACGAAGGCAAAGCAUUAGAUCCUAUUAAAUUGUUGAAAGAAGAAAGAAAUAAAAUGAAAUCACAAGAUUUUAAGCACAUAAAAGAUAUUAGAACAAAAGACGAAGAUAAAAGUUCAAUUAAUAAUAGAAAUAAGGAUAAUGCUACGUGUGAUCAUGAACAAUUAUCAAAUUAUAAUGAUAUGAAAGACAAACUCGGUACAAAUUUCCAUUCAAAUGCAGAAGAAGAGAUAAAUAUAGAGUUUUUGGGAGAACGAAAUGCAUUAGUAUUUGAUCAAGCUGGAGCACAAGCAUUGCCAAAAAUUGAUUUACCAGAUAGUUUCUUCGAUUUGACGGUCGAAGAUGCAAAGAUACUCCUACGAGAUGCUAAACGAAGGAGAGAAGAGUUAGAGGAAGCACCACUUUUGACCGAAGCUCAACGUCAACUUGAGCAAAAUAAACGUACAUUAGAACAACUUAAUAAAUAUCGCAGAACAGUGAUUCGUAUUCAGUUUCCAGAUCAAUUGGUUUUCCAAGCUUGUUUUAAACCUAUAGAAUCUGUGCAAGUUAUUAAGGACAUUAUUAGAAAUUAUUUAUGUGAUCCAUCUUGUGACUUUACUCUUUAUACUGCUCCACCAAAACACAUUUUAAAUCCAGAUGCACGAUUAAUAGAUGAGAAUCUUGUACCUUGCGCUAUUAUAUAUUAUUCUGGAACGUCAUCUUUAAAAUCAUCUGUAAAAGAAAAAUUAAUAGAUCCUAGAAUUGCCAAUAUACAGGCAAUUAAAUCAAGAAUGACUAUAAUAUCUGAAGAAAAAGUUAAAACAAAUAAAGAAGAAAAUAAAGUAAUCAAAGAUAUCACAGCUGUUCCAGGACCCAGUGGUUGUUAAUUGCUCAAAAUACAAUAAAUAAUAAUUAUAUUAUAAAGUAAAUAAAGUAAUGUAAUAAAUAAAUUCGUAUUUAACAAA